AUGAGGUUAUGUAUUGAUUACCGGCAGUUGAAUAAGGUAACAGUACGUAACCGAUAUCCCUUGCCUCGGAUUGAUGAUUUGUUCGAUCAGUUGAAGGGUGCUGAGUACUUCUCUAAGAUCGAUCUGAGAUCAGGGUACCAUCAGUUGAGGAUUAGAGAAGAAGAUGAUUUGUUCGAUCAGUUCAGAACGCGGUAUGGUCAUUAUGAAUUUCUGGUGAUGUCAUUUGGACUGACCAAUGCUCCAGCAGCGUUUAUGGAUUUCAUGAACAGAGUGUUCCGACCAUACUUGGAUCACUUUGUGAUUGUGUUCAUAGACGAUAUCUUGGUUUACUCCAAGACUUUGGAAGGGCAUAAGAAGCAUCUAAGGUUGGUAUUGAGGACUUUGAGGAGGAAACAGCUUUAUGCCAAAUUUAGUAAGUGUCAGUUCUGGUUGGACUACUAUCGUCUAUGA